GCCGCGCGCCGCGUUGCCAUAGCGACGGCGCCGCCAUGGCCGCCGCGGGGCCCGAGCCGCUGCCGCUGCUGCUGCUGCCCGCCGAGGCGGAGGCGCUGGUGCAGGCGCUGCAGGGCAGCGAGCUGCGCGACACCGGCGGGCAGGGAUGGCUGCGGCAGCACGAGUCCGUGGAGAAGCUCAACAUGCAUGCCAUCCUGAGCGCCUCUGCGGGCCAGGAGCAGCUCCUCACAGAGCUGCUCGUCAGCUAUGCCAAGAUUCCUGUUCUCAUCGGAGAGCUGAUCUCUGUGGAGAUCUGGAAGCACAAGAUCUUUCCUGUGCUGUGCCGGCUAGAAGACUUCAAACCUACAAGCACCUUUCCCAUCUACGUGGUGCUGCAUCAUGAAGCUUCCAUCAUUAAUCUCUUGGAGACGGUGUUCUUCUACAAGGAGAUCUGUGAGUCGGCAGGAGACAGCAUUCUGGAUCUGAUUGAUUAUUGCCACCGAAAACUGACCCUGCUCGCAGCUCGGCGUGCGAAUGGACAGCUAGUGACCCAGGAAGAGCUCCAUCCAGCUGCUCUGGGCAGUUUAUCAUCCAUGCAGGAGCUGCAGAAGCAGGCGGAGACGAUGGAGUUUGAGAUAUCCCUGAAGGCCCUGUCUGUGCUGCGGUUCAUCACUGACCGGGUGGACAGUUUGCCCCUGAGCGCUCUGACACGGAUGCUGAACACCCACAACCUGCCCUGCCUCCUUGUCGAGCUGAUGGAGCAUUGCCCGUGGAGCCGCCGUGAAGCAGGCAAGCUCAAAAAGUUUGAGAAUGGAGCGUGGCAUGUGGUGCCCCCUGAAGACCAGGUGAAGAUGACCAAACUCGAUGGGCAGGUGUGGCUCGCCCUCUACAACCUGCUGCUCAGCCCUGAAUGCCAACGCAAAUAUCACUUUGACGGCUUCAACAAGAGCCAGCUCCUCAAGCUCCGUGCAUUCCUGACAGAUGUCCUCCUUGACCAGCUGCCCAACCUGGUGGAGAUGCAGAGAUUUCUGAGCCACCUAGCAGUGCUAGAGCCAGCUCCCCCAAAAAAGGAUCUCAUCCUGGAGCAGGUUCCCGUCAUCUGGGACCACGUUCUCAAGAAGAACGCAGGGAAGUGGGAGGCCAUCGCCAAGCACCAGGUGAAGCGCAUGUUCAGCCCUACCGAGGAGGAGCUGAAACUCCAGGCACGCAGGUGGGCCCAGACGUACAGCCUGGACAUGAUGGAGGCUCUUGUCCCCGACAAGCCCAGAUGCAGGAUGUGUGGCUCAGAAGCAGCUAAGCGGUGCUCUCGCUGCCGCAACGAGUGGUACUGCACAUGGGAGUGCCAGGUCCGGCACUGGCAGAAGCACAAGACAGCCUGCAACCUGAUGGCUGAGGCACCAAAGCAAGCAGGCGACCAGAAAGCGUAGCUGUGAUUGGAGUCCAGCCUGGGUCUUGGAGAGGUAGAGCUUUCGCCCGCAAGCAGCUCAGCUGAGGAAGAGCAAGCAAAGGUCCCUAGCUAUAGCACAGAAAGACGCUGCCCUUGGCCCUGGGGUGCACCAAGCUUUGGGGUCAGUGGCAGGGGGGUGGUGGGAGAGGCAAUAGUAUCUGCAGUCAAGGUGCAGAAGGGCGACACGGGGUAGUUCUUGUGGCCGCUCUCCUGGCCUUGCCACCCACUUUAGCGAGACGGGGGCUGACCGGAGUCCUGCCCACAUCCAUCACCACCAGCAUAGGGUGCUCCAGCCCUGGCUUGUCCAGCUGAGGCCCCUCGCUAACUCGUCGGGAUGUUGCUUGCUCAGAACAGGAGCAUCUUGGCACGCUGCCUAUGGAAGGCAGAUCUCAAUCUCAGCGUUACCUGGUGAAAAAAAUAGCAAACUCAUUGCUGCCUCAGUCACCUGGCGCCCUGCGCAAGGCAGGUCUGCGCACCCCUCUGCGCUUCCCCGCCAGCGGUGCUCGAGCGCUCCGCUCCGCAGCGCAGCACGCGGCUGCUGCGGGUGGCUCGCAGAACCGCCCGCCGGGCUCGGGGGGCCCCGCGCCCCGCUCCGCCUCUCCUGGCCCCACCGCCCUGCCUUCUCCCAGGAACAUCCGCAGUCUUUGUGCACCCCGCGGGCCUCGGCUCCCUCCUGCAACUCCUGGCACUCACAGGCUGAAAAUAAACCACUUCCUCCCCUGCCUCGUG